AUGUCCCCUCAGAAACACAACUACAACCUCCGCAAGCGCGCUGCAAAGGCCGCUGCCGCCACGCCGCAAGGCCGCAAGGCCCGCAAAACCUCCAAGGCCACUGGCAACGGCAUUUCCAAAACCGCCCGCACCGCCCCAAAGACCAUCUACUACACCGUCAAGACCAGCACGAUGGCCCGCCUUGCGGAGAUGGAGUUCGCCGUGAACACCACGCUCGUCGAGGGUGUGCGCUUCUACCGCCUGCCUGACGGCUCGAAACGCGCCCCACGCGGCGUGGUGGUCAUGAAGAUCUCCAUCCCCGCUGGCGUUGAGGGCGGCGAGUGGCCUGAUGAGAUAGACUUUGAGGAGAUCCGCGGGGAGGAGGAGGUGGAGCGCCAGGCGGAGGCGGAAGCGGAGGAGAAUGUCUCCUCAGAAGCACAAUUACAACCUCCUCAAGCGCGCCGCAAAGGCCGCUACUACCAUGCCCCCAAGACCUCCAAGGCCACUGGCAACGGCAUCUCCAAGACUGCCCGCACCGCCCUCAAGCUGACCAACAUCUACUACGCCGCCAAGCCCAGCACGAUGGCACGCCUUGCGGAGAUGGAGUUCUCCGUGCACACCACGCUCGUCGAGGUUGUGCGCUUCUACCGCCUGCCUGGAGGCUCGAAACGCGCCCCAAACGGCGUGAUGGUCUUGAAGAUCUCCAUUUCCGCGGACGUUGAGGGCGGUGAGUGGCCCGAGGAGAUGGAUUUGCUGGAGGAGGAGGUGGAGGUGUGCCAGGAGGCGGAGCAUGAGAAGAAGCUGGAACAGCAGCUACCAGAGCAGCGGCUAGAGAAAGAACAGCAGGAGGAGGAGGAAGCCGAGAAAGCGGAGGAAGCGGAGGAGAAGCAGGAGGAGGGACAAGCGGGAAACACCAGCCGCCUCAGCUGCAUCAAUAUGUAG